GUGUGAUUAUGUGCAAGGAGGUUAUUCUAACGUCCUUGAAUUACUGAUUACGUCGCGUUGUAAAGGAAGGGUCCUAUUCAUCAAUGCGUUCGCAGUUCUCACUGAAACAUACAGUGUGUGUUGUGUGUGUGCCGUGCUAGCGAUUUAAGUUGUGCACUGUGAAAGCCACAACUACGCUACAAUGCUUGUACCUAAAACGUUAAUUAGACACUUGAUUAAAUGCAGCUUGAGUGUUAGAACAUAUUCAUCUGCUUUAAAAUCAGCGAAAUUAAGUGAAGUUUGUGUAGAUUCAUUAAAAGGAAAUGACAGCGGAAUAAUAGUUCUUGGAUUGAACAGGCCGAAAGCAAGAAAUGCGUUAGGAAAGACAAUAGUCUCGGAACUAACAGAUUUACUGGAGAAUUUAAAACAUCUCGAUGAUGCUCGUGUAGUAAUAUUAAGAAGUUUGGUGCCUGGUGUGUUUUGUGCUGGUGCUGAUCUUAAGGAAAGAUUGGAAAUGAAAGAAGAUGAAGUAUUGCCAUUUGUUAAUCGGCUUAGGUUUAUUGUGAAAUCUACAGAAAGUUUACCGAUGCCGGUAAUAGCAGCUCUUGAUGGUCUUGCUGUUGGCGGAGGAUUUGAGAUGGCUUUAGGCUGUGACAUUAUAGUUGCGUCGAAUACGUGCAAAAUGGGGCUAGUGGAGACAAAAGUUGGCAUCCUUCCGGGUGCAGGAGGAACACAGAAGUUACCUCGCCUCGUUGGCCCUGCUUUUGCAAAGGAAUUAAUUUUCACCGCCCGAACUAUCAGUGGUGUUGAAGCUUAUGAGAGAGGCAUUGUGAACUACGUUGUGGAACAGAAUGAACACAACGAUGCUGCCUAUCAAAAGUCACUAGCAGUUGCUAGAAGUAUACUUCCUAAUGCGCCGGUUGGCAUUAGGAUGGCAAAAAAGGCAAUUAAUAAAUCAAUGGACGUAGACAUCAACACAGGUUAUACCAUUGAGGAAGCUUGCUAUGCUCAGGUUAUAUCAACCAAAGACAGAAUUGAGGGACUUGCAGCAUUUAGAGAAAAACGACCUCCAAAAUUUACUGGCAGCUAAGAUAGAAUUAUUGAAAGAAGAAAUCCUUAUUUAGCCCUUCGUCAUUUGUAGAACGAAAAGAACUACAAACCACUUGGAGAUUAAAGGACAUAGUUCAGUUUCAUGUUACAAUUACAUAGUGACUGACUGCAGAUGAGAACUAUUUCAUGAAAUAUGUAAAGCUUGUUUGAAACAGCUUCGUGUAAAAUGGUUUCAGGUUUUCGGGUAAAGCUGUUAGUAGUUCCUUUAAUCACAAUCUGUUAUUGUUACUGCAUUUUUUAAUUUGGAAUUCUUGUUUGUGAGGUAACAGAAAAAAAUCCUGAAGUGUGCACUGUGUUCACUAUAAGCAUUGUCUCAGUGUACUCACUAUAAGCAUUGUCUCAGUGUACUUGCCUUCCUUUUCUUAGUCCUUCAAAUCACUUUUCUCAGAAACAAUUAUUUUUUAUUCAAAAACAUUGGUUUUGCCAGUUCACAAACUCGCAUUUCCAAUCUAGCUUACGCCAUAGAUGCGCUUCCACAACUAAUAUUUCUUUAAAUUGUAAUUUACUCAUACUGAUAACUCCGAGAAUUCAUUCUAGUUUCCUUUUUUAUGUUAGGUACAAGAAAGUAAUUACUUUGAACAGAAAGAACGCUGCUGUCCCUUAUUUUAUAUCAAUCAGUUCUUGUAUUUAUGUAUUUAAAACAAAGUAUUUAUGUAAGUUUACACAGUCCACCAUCAGCUAUUUAUAUACUGUGAUGUAGUACAUUAUUAAGUGGGAUAUAAUUCCACUAGUCCAAAUUAUGUAGUUGAGCCAGGCAUUAGGGCCUUCAUUGGAUAUUGUCAUUUUAAUGAAAGAUUCUGGAUCUGGUGUUGACCUGAAGGUUGAUUUGAGCAUGGUGGUGCUAUAUUAGGGACGGUUCUAUGGAGUUGACGUGCCUUUGCUUUCCUGUCAUCUUUCAACAGGCUUAUCUCCCUGUUAUAGGAGAGUUACAGUUUAACAUGGGCUGUGAACUGUUGUGCAACUUGAUAGGUUUUUUCCCCACAUCGCUGUUAGAGAUGCUGUUAUUGAAUCUUGAGUGGAGACAGAGCCAAUACAGAAGUGUCUGAUUCCACCUGUCUGCUUUGACCCAUGACGUCGUCAAGAUGGCAGACACCCCUUGUCCCAGUAUAUACAAUACGGCAAACAUAAAGUCUAGAUACACCCACAAACAAAGAUAUAAACAUGCGAAAUAUUUCACUUCAACAAUAAAAUGAAACUAAUGGAGUGAAAGUAUAGGGUCUUGGGCAGGGACAAGGUAAAUAUACCAUAAUAAUGUCAAUAUUCCAAAACAACAAUACCGAAAAACAACAAAUAUGAAAACCUCGAGAAUAAACCAGACAAAAAUGUCCGAGAAAUCUGGAACCAAAUAUUUCACUUGACUUAUAAAGCUCGAAGGAAAACAAUGAUACCAGCCAGCCCCCCCCCGCCCUCCCCCUACCACCACCAUACUAAAUAACCAAUACUGAAACCCACUGUAAACAUUGCCACACACACUUGUCCUUGGUUUGAGAAGCAGAGACUCAGUGCAGUGUCAGGAUUUCCACGCACUGCUGACACUUCACGCAUUUCGCCAAGUGACCAUAUAAGUGGAGAACUUUAUUUGUAUAUGCCAUAUUGUCACCCAUUGAGGCUACCAAUUAAUGAGUAGUAAACUUCGUUGUAACAUCCAUAUUGUGCUACUUUUGGUAUAUUAAAACUUUUCAUGAACUUUUGGUUAAAAGUAUUUUGUAUUGAAUACUUAGUCUGAGAGCUGCAGGCUGUUAAUGUGAGGUCAAUAAAAAUAGCAAAACUGUCUAUUUGGAAUUGUUUAAAAGCCACUGUUUGGAAUAUUUUUUGUCAGUCAGGGGUCUCCUUUGACAGUGUAGUUGACUUGUAUUUUUUGUUUCAAGGAAGUGCACACAGUGGAGACUGCUUUCCAUUUUCUGGUUAUCUGCUCAUUUUUGUAUAUUGUAAAAUAAAGCAACUUUUAUAGUUUUAUAUUUAAUACAGUUAGCUGCUCUGUGCAGUUUGUUAAUGUGAAAUUAAAUACUGUAUCGAUUGAUUAGUUCUCACUGUUAUUUAGUUAGUGAAAACUUGGCAAUUAUUUUGAAGGAUACAAUUUAUAGAGUGAGGUGGUAUAACCAAAUCAAUCAGAAUGUACCAGUACAAAAUACAGGAAAAAGUCAGAAUACAGAAUAUUAUCCAGAAUUGAUAAAAUAACAAUAAUUCAUGGAUUUAGUACAUACUUACUAAAAACUAGAAGCUAAGUAUGGUCUGAUAAACAUUACCAAUUUCUGGCACUCAUUUCAUCUAAUUGUUUGUAUCUAAAGUUAGUAUCAGUUUUCAUUUUGUAAAAUAUAGUAAUUGCUGAUUGCCUGAGGCUGUUGACAUUUGCUCACGGAAUUCGUUAAAUAUUUCACAUCGAAUAUUACAUCCAAAGUGAAUGAGCAUUACCAAUGAGGGUGUAGCAAUUGCUGGUCUUCGGAAACUGUUGACGAAGUGUUAUGAUCUAUUUUUUGCAUUUGUUUGAUAAACCAAUUUUUGUAGUGAUUACGUGAAUUAUAUUAUAAAAUAUAAAAUUAAGUGCUGAAAAUCAUAUCAGUGUAAAACUUUUUCAUUGUUUGUGUUAAGUACGAAGUGUGUAAAAACACAGUUGGUGAUCUGAGGUGCAUUUAAAUGGUUUUUAAGCUUCAUGAAACUAUGUAUGUAUAUUAAUCUUUUAUACGAAACUGUGUUCAGUAUAGCCUAUUUUAAAUUUUGAAUAAAUUUAUUUUUUUAGCAA